AUGAAUAGUAAUUCUGAUAUGAAUAAAAAAGCAAGUCAAGAAAAAGAGAAUAUAAAAGAAAAAGGCCAAGAGGUUGCUGGUAAAGCACAAGAAAAAGGUCAUCAGGGAAUGAGUGCAGCUAAAGGUAAAUCUGAAGAUGUUAAAAGUGACGCUAAAGACAUGUACGACAAAGCAGGCGAAAAAGCAGAAGAAGUUGGUGGGAAAAUUAAACAUGGAGCCCAAGAGAUGGCACACAAAGUUAAAGAAAAAAUUCAUCAAAUGACCAGUUCUCAAGAUAUCGGCGAAGGAAUGAAGUCUACUGCAGAAAAAGGAAAAGAAAAAUGCGAAGAAUGUGCUAAAAACGGAAAAGAUACGGCCAAAGAGGCAGGUCAGCGUUUCCAGGAAGCCGGUAAAAAAUAA